UUAACUCAGCAACUUCUCCCACUAAAUUCAUAUUCAUUCGGUUCACAUUUUCUACGUUCCCUCCAUUAACAGACAUCAAAUAUAAUAGAAAGGCAAUAAAUUCAUUUUCCUUCCUUUCGGCCAAACUCUUCCAAGCCAUCACCGCAUACAGCCAUCCAACAGUUGGCCCACCAAAAUCGGUAUCCGGACUACCAAAUUAUAAUCAAAUCCGAACGAAUUUCAAGAUCUUUCAAAAUGCUGCCGACCAACCAGAACCUCGUGGUCCUAUCCCCCUUCGUUCGACUGGCUGUCCGCCAAGCCGCGUUCCGCAUCACUGGAAGAUUCGCCUAUUCGACACGCCGCAACCCGGGCGCGGGGGAUCGGGAUCUCAAUCUCAACAAGAACGAUGAGUACCUGGGCCGUCAGCGCGACGAACCGAACCCGGAGUACCACCACGCUCCCCGAUGCUACGUGAAGAAUUUCCAGAAGUACCAGGAACAAGUGCAGGACCGCGGCGAGGUGCAGACGAUCCGCUUCCGUAAUCCCCGCUACCGCUGGGCGGACUUCCGGCGACGAAUGGUUUAUGGGACCUACGACAUCUAGACCGUUUUUCUUGAUGCUCUCUAUGAAGUGCAACCUGCGUCGAAAGCUCUCUCAAAUUAGGAUGCCGUACGCUUCAAUCCAGACCUGUCCUGUUUAGAUACAACCCACCAAAUUUAUCAAAUAAUCAAGCAUCCAAGAGCCUUGUCAAGUACUUGCCCAAUUAACACAACGCACAGUAUCCCGACUUAUUCGAACUGAAUUGCGGAUCGAUCUCGAUCGUCCGUUGAAAUUUCAAUAUUAUUCACCAUACAAUUUAAUAAAUCUGUUACCU